AUGCCUGCGAAGGUGGAGCGGCUGAAUUUGGAGGCACGGGCCUGUGACCUGGACGUGAAGCCGGGAGCUCCCCUGAACCGAGUCCGCAAGGUCUCGGGCGCUUCGGAAGCUUCCGCCUCGCUGCUGAAGGCUCCGCGGCCCCUGCUGGGCCCAAUCCUGGCCCACAAUGUCGACGUGCCUCCGCCUCCGCUGGCCUGCGGCUUCAAAGCCGGAGACCAGGUGCAGUACUUCAGCGAGACGAAGCAGAGGUGGGUGGAGACGCUGGUGCUCCGCAUGUUCGAGCUGGAGGGCAACAUCUGCUACGACCUGGACUGCAAGAAGGGAGUCUCCGCCGACAAGGUCCGCUCCUCGCCACGGGCCUCCCAAGAGCGCUACGAGGUCGGCGAGCAAGUGGAGUACUGGAGCGUCUCGGCGGGCCGGUGGCUGCCUGCAAAGGUCCAGGUCGUUCGGUUGGACCUCGGCCGCUGCGACCUGGACAUCAAGUUGGCCGCGCCUAUCGGAAGAAUCCGGCGCCCGAUUGCAAGACCGGAGCCCCCGGUGGAGACGGCCGUGUGCCUCUCCGAGGAGGAGGAUGAGGUGCCUCCCAUGCCGCAUGCACUGCGAAAGCCGCUCCCGCCCCCGCCGCCCAUGCCGCUGCCCCUUCCAGUUCAAGCUGCGCAGCCAACGCAGGAGCCAACAAAGGUCAGCGAAACCGCGGCCGAGAAGCAGGAGCCCGAGAAGAGGGGCGCUUCCCCUUCCCCGUCUCCGGCUGCAAAGGAGCCCGCAGCGGAGCCCGCGGAGGAGCCUGUGAAGAAGUCGCCAGAACCGGAGCCUGUGAGGCAGAAGUCCCCGAGCCAGGAUUCCAGCCAGGAAUCUGAGGAAGAGGAGAAGCCGGCAAGGCAAGACAUGGAGAUUACGCGCACUCCGACGCCUCCACGCCACGUGCUUGAGGCGGCCCAACAAGCGUCCCAAGCCUACAGAUCCCCAGUCCAGCUGCAGGGGCCUGACGAGCCAACUUCGCCCGCUGACUGCAUCCGGGUCGAGCUGGAUGAGGAGUCUAGCCAGCCGACAGAGCGACCACCGAAAGAGGAGGAGGUGCCCGAGCCGGAGCCUCCUGCGGCUCCUGCGGCUCCCGAGGCUCCUGCGCCCGUGGCAGAGCAACCGCUCAAGCGGCUUCGCGAGCCCAGCGAGGACCUGGAUUUGGAGGCCCCGCCCACGCUGCCGCGCUCGGUGAAGGCAGGGCAUGGAGCAACUUGUGCCCGCUUCUGA